AUGGAUCUUCAAUUGGAUAGAAAUAGGAUAACAAUCCUCCUCAACACAAACACGUUACUCCUCCAUAAAUUCACACAAACAAGAGAUCAAACAUUAUUAAAAAGACUACAUGCAAAUUUAACUUGUAUUGGAGAAUUAUCAGAAAAACAUAAUAAUAAUAAUGGGAAUUUAAAUAAACCAAUAUUCCCAACAAUAUUAAGUCCACCAAAUGAUUCUCCUGAAUUAAUGGAAAUGUAUGUCAAAUUACAACAAUUGUUUCCAGAAGGUGUACAAAUAUUACAAAGAAGAACUUUAUUAUUAAGACAAGAACAAUUGAAAAGACAAUUUCAACAACAACAACAACAACAACAACAGCAGCAACAACAACAAGGUUCAAUAUCUGGUGGUGUUCCAAGUGGUGUGCCAAAUGGUGUUGGAAUACCUGGUGGUGUACCUGGUGGAGUUCCUGGAAGUAAUAUAACAACACCAAAUAUUCAACAACAACAAGUACAAAAUCCACAAUUUAAUCAAGGAAAUCAAGGUAAUCAAUCUUUCUGGUAA